UGUCACUUUUGACUGGCAGUUUUUUUAGGAUUUUAGAGCGGCAAAAACGUAAAUAAAUGUACAAACUGCAUGUUAAAAAACAAAUUACCAAAAAAUAUUACGACUUGUCGCGAUAAAUAAGCCUCAUAAGUUAUUUGAAACACGAUUUCAUUUACUUUCAACAUUUAUUUUAGGUCAAAAUGGGCACUGAGUGUAAUCAACAUCCAACUUUUCAUUUUCCUUUUAAACCUUAUUCGAUUCAGGAAAAGUUUAUGAAGGAACUAUAUUUUACAAUAGAUAAUAACAAAGCUGGAGUUUUCGAAAGUCCUACUGGUACUGGUAAAUCACUAAGUAUUUGUUGUUCAGCGUUGCAAUGGUUAAAAGACUACAAUGAAAAAGUUAUUGUUGACUUAGAACGUGAAAUAAAUCAACUGAAAAUUGAAGUUUCCAAUAGUACAAGUAAUGAUGAUUGGCUCCAAGAAGAGUACAAUAAAAUACAGAAAAACCAAACUUUGAGCUCAAUGCAACUAAAACUGGAUAAAAUAAAAAAGAGAAAUGAGCAGCUGCUUGAAAUGAAAAGGCGAGUUGCAAAACAAAAAUUAAAAAUUAGUUCCAAAACUAAUGAUUAUUUCCACAAUUCACAAAAAAUUAAGAAGGAAGUAGAAGAGAAUAAAGAGAAUGUUCUAGAAGAUGUAGUUAGUGAGGAUAAUGACUUGGUUCUUGAAGAAUUUGAGGAAAAAGAUGAUGAGUCUGAUAAUGAAGAAAUUGCUGAAGAAGAUGAACAUAAUAAGAAGAUAUACAUCAGCAGUAGAACACAUAGCCAGUUAUCUCAGUUUGUGGGAGAAAUCAAAAGGACAGUAUUCAAAGAUGAUACAAGGGUGGUCACUCUUGCUUCAAGGCAACAUUAUUGUAUCAACCCUGAAGUCACAAAGCUCAAAAACGUGAACUUGAUAAAUGAGAGAUGCCUUGAUAUGCAGAAAUCGAAGACCAAGUCAACGUCAGUGGGUGAUGACGGCAAAGUGUUAAAGAAGACCAAAACAAGAUCAUGUGCAAGUUGUCCCUUCUACAAUCAGAAUAACAUAACCCAACUGAAGGAGAGAAUCCUGACUGAUAUUAUGGACAUGGAAGACCUGGUCAAAUGUGCGAAAGAACUGAAGGCGUGUCCGUAUUACGCUAGCAGAGCAGCGUUAGAUGAUGCUGAGGUAGCACUAGUCAGUCAUGCAGGCAUAGUCAGUUCUGGGGCCAGGUCUGGAAUGUCUCUCAAAUUACAAGACAAUGUGCUAAUAAUGGACGAAGCUCACGGGCUGGCUGCAGCAUUAGAGAACGCGCAUUGUGCUCCCGUGUCCGCUAAGCACCUGUCUUCUGUGAAAACGUUCCUGCAACUGUACAUUAAUAAGUACGGAUCGAGGUUGUCAAGCAAGAAUUUGCUGACGUUGAAUCAACUGGGUUACGUUGUUGGGAAAUUACUAGGUAUAGUAACAAAACCUAAUCAAGAAAAAAGUCAAGACACUCCUACAAUACUCACUUUAGAAGAUUUUGUCAUAAAGGCAGAUAUAGAUCAUCUAAAUUUGACUCCUCUAAUAGAACUAUGCAGAAAAUCAAGGCUGCCACCAAAACUACAUGGGUUCUCUAUGAGAUACACUCCACAAAUGUUAGAAGAGGAAUUUAAGAAAGCAGCACCAUCCAAGAAGAGUUCUUUAGAGAGCUUUCUGCAGAAUAUUUCUAAGAAAAAGGAUGGGAAUUUAGAAAAUAAUACUGAAGAGAAAGAAUGUGAAUCAACACCAAGAGUGCAGACCCAAUCAGAAACAUCGCCUGGUACAGGUUUGUACGCCAUUCUGGACUUCCUACAAAUGCUGUGUGAACGCUCGGAGAAUGGAAGAGUGUUGGUGCAGAAAGGAGAUGAAUUAACUGGCAACCUGAAGUACCUUCUGCUGAACCCGGCCGAACACUUCGUUGAAGUCGUGAAGCAGUGUCGGUCUGUAAUCGUAGCUGGUGGUACAAUGGAACCCAUAUCGGAAUUCCUACGGCUCCUCACCGGAGAUUCCAAGCAGACUGAUGACGUCAACAUAGUCAAAUGCGACCACGUGGUCUCCCCAGAGAAUGUUAUAGCAAUUUGUAUGUCAAAAGGACCUACUAAUGUUGGCUUGAACUUUUCGUAUGAACGGCGCGGGUCAGGUGAACUGUUGAACGAAGUCGGCCGUAUCCUCAGAAACGUUUGCAACAUAGUGCCAGGGGGCGUGGUUUGUUUCCUACCCUCGUAUUCCUACGAGCAAAGCGUCUACGACCAUUUGAAGAAGGCAGGUGUAAUUGACGCUAUUUGUAAGAAGAAGACUGUGUUUAGGGAGCCUAAGUCUGCUGCCGAAGUAGAUCAGGUUUUAAGUAAAUAUGCCACGGCAGUUAAGAAGAAAAGUGGUGAUCAAAAUGGAGCCUUAUUGUUGAGUGUCGUUGGAGGCAAGUUGAGUGAAGGGUUGAACUUUAGUGACGACCUCGGCCGCUGCGUCAUAGUGGUGGGAAUGCCGUAUCCCAACAGCAAGUCGGCCGAACUGCAGGAAAAGAUGAGCUACCUUAACAGAACCGUCGGCGCGGGCGCAGGAAACUUGUAUUACGAGAGCUUGUGCAUGAAGGCCGUUAACCAGUGUAUAGGUAGAGCAGUGCGGCACGCGAAUGACUACGCGUCCGUCCUGCUACUAGACGAACGGUAUUCGAGGCCUCAGACUAUGAACGCGCUGCCUUCUUUUGUACAAAAAUCACUUUUGGAUAACUGCACGUUCGGGAAAGCUUUUGGCAGUAUAGGAAAGUUCUUCGCGAAACAUAAAGACAAUAAGAAAUAAUGAAAUUAAAUAA